AUGGAAGACCUUCGAGAAUUAAUAGAACAGAACGAGGGUGUCGCUAAAGAGUCAGCUGCACAUGACGAAAAAGGAAAUGCUAGGAUUCCCGAACCCAUUGGUAUGAUGAAUUGCUGCUCCACUAUUGCCUCUUGGAAAGCGGACUUCUCCUCCUGGGUAUCUCUUGUCUUUUCCGAGGAAUCUGAAAAAAAAAUUGACGGAUCUGCUGUUCUCAGAUUUGCCUUCGGUAUGCCACUGAAGAAAUAUCUGGAACUUGGUGAAGUGCACUUUUCACGCCUUCAAAGUGAAGCGAGGAAAAUCGUGGAAAUUUACCAAGCUGAGAGGUAUAACCGUCUCUUCUGA